AUGUAUGUUUCCGAGCUCCUUCCCUACGCGCUGCUUGCGCUAUUUUGUUCCGGCGCCAUUGCGCAAGAUCCGCGAGUCCAGGUCGCUCUUACCCUUCAGAAUCCCGUGAACGGUGUCAGCAGCACUCCCGACGGCCGUCUCUUCAUCCUGUAUGCCCGCGUCGACGGCUCCACAGGGCCACAAGUCGCCGAGUGGCAUAACGGCAGCGACCCUACGCCCUACCCUAAUGCAGAAUGGAACUCCUACGCCGCAGGCAAGGAUCCUGCAACCCACCUGAUUCGCACGAACUCGCAGCGCAUCGGACCCGAUGGGACGUUGUGGCUAGUUGACACCGGUUCUCCAAGUUUCGGAGAGGCUGUUAUUCUGCCUGAAGGUCCGAAACUGGUCCAGGUAAAUCUGACCACGAACAGCGUGGCAAGGGUGUACAAUCUUGGCAACGUCACACUAGCCACCAGCCUGAUCGACGAUGUUCGUUUCAACCCAGCGGCUGGUCUAGCGUACAUUACGGAUGCCGGAACUCCAGGAAUCAUCGUUCUAGACCUCUCCAGUGGCGAUGCCAGACGCGUGCUCGAGGACGACCCUACCACCAAGGGUUUCAUGCCUGUCUCAGCGGAAGGCAAGCUCCUGCACGACUUGACAGGAGGCUUCGAGUACAUCUACGCCGACCAGCAUGAAGUCUCGCCUGACGGCCAGUACUACUACUAUCAACCCUGCUCCGGCGGCAUGUCACGCAUCGAGACGCAAUAUCUCAAUGAGGCCUUCUACAAUUCCUCCCUUGCUAGUCUUCUCUCGCAAUAUCCAGAGCCCUACGCUCUUACGCCGUCUACAGGAGGUACAGCGAUUGACGCCGCAGGCAAUAUCUACAAUAGCGAUACGGACAGGCAAGCGAUCAUCAAAAUAUCGCCCGAUGGCUCGUGGACCACCUUGGUGCAAGACCCUCGUCUGCUAUGGGUAGAUGCUAUGUGGAUUGAUACCUAUGGCAAACUGUGGAUGCCAGCUGCUCAGCUGAAUCGAGGGACGCCGUUUAACAAUGGCUCGAGUUUCAUACAGGCACCUCUCUAUGUCUACACUAUCGACAUCGGUAUUGGCCCGUCACCUAUCGAUCAUGCUUAG